GUUUUCGCCCUAAUCGUGGCCAUGGCCGUCUUGAUUUGUGUGCGUCAUGGUGAGACGACAUGGAACGCCAGCGGGAAGCUCCAGGGACAAUUGGAGACCGAUCUAAACGACGCUGGAAGGAAGCAAGCAUCCGCUGUAUGUUGAAAAGACUAGAAUGCAGCCAAGAGUCUGUGGAGCUUGCGGAACAUUUGGCUAAACAAAGCUCGCAGAAGAUCACAGCGGUUUACUCGUCGGAUCUUCGCCGUGCAUCAGACACGGCCCAGACAAUCGCUGAAAAGCUGGGAUUGUCACAGGUGAGCACGACACCACUGCUUCGAGAGCGGCAUUUGGGCAGGCUCCAAGGCCUGACGCCAAAGCAAGCUCGCGAGAGAGAAGCCCACGCGUUUAAGAUACUCGCCUCUUCGUCCGGCGACGAACCCAUCCCGGGUGGAGGGGAGAGCUUCGGUGAGAUGCGCGAUCGCGCGGCAAGAGCGGCUGAAGACAUUGCUCGGCAGCACGAAGGCGAGAGAGUGGUGGUGGUGACGCACGGUGGUGUUCUUCAGUCCAUGCAUGUCACCGCGACGGGCAAGCCAGCGCCGGGCCGUGUCCCCAACGCGUCGAUCAAUGUCUUGAGCAUCUCUAGCGACAACCAGUGGAAGUUCCAGUCGUGGUGCGACGUGGAGCAUCUCAAGGGCGUUGGCUUCUUGUCCUCGGCAUUUGGAGGUGGCGCCAAGUCGGGCUGACCCUCUCUUCUUUCCAAUUGAGACUCUCCAUUCUUUAGCAGCCUACGGUCCUGUGCUUGCACUGUCCAUGCUCGAAUCCUCAGUGGAAGAUGCGUCUUUCUGAUCCCGGAAAAGGCAGAGAUCCGAACAUCAUGAUCCAGGCGUAUGCCCGGAAUGCGUAUACUGCUCAAGCCAUGAAUUUCUUUCACCAAACAGGUCACUUGGACUCCUGAAACGUAAUCACUCGCAAAUGAACGUAAGGAGUGUGUGCAUCUUUACAUCAGCAUAAAUUCUAGGAAUAUUCACUA